AUGCUCUCCGGAAUCCUCCUCUUCAAUCAAAAGGGCGAACUGCUCAUCCUCCGCUCCUUCCGCCAGGACAUGCGCCCACGCCUCGCCGAUGUCUUCCGCAUUCAAGUCAUCUCCAACCCUUCCAUUCGCUCGCCCAUCCUCACCUUAGGCAGCACCACCUUCUCCCACAUUCGCUCCGAGAAUAUCUACCUGGUCGGCGUCUCCAAAGGCAAUGUCAAUGCUGCCAUGGUCUUUGAAUUCCUCUACCGUCUGUCGGCGUUGGGGAAAUCCUACUUUGGUCGAUUCGACGAAGAUGCCGUCAAGAGCAACUUUGUCAUGGUUUAUGAAUUGCUGGAUGAAGUCUUGGACUUUGGUUAUCCCCAAGGAAUGGACGCCGAAACAUUGAAAAUGUACAUCACCACCGAUGGAGUGCGUUCAGAACCCAGCUCCAGCGCUCAGGACGCAGGUCGUAUCACAAUGCAAGCUACGGGCGCCCAGAGUUGGCGGCGAGAGGGAAUCAAAUACAGGAAGAAUGAGGCGUUUGUGGAUGUCAUUGAAGAUGUGAAUCUUCUGGUGAGCGCAUCGGGAACUGUCCUCCGAGCAGACGUCAAUGGGGCCAUUGAAAUGCGCGCAUAUCUCUCUGGAACUCCCGAAUGCAAGUUUGGGCUCAACGACGCCCUCACCCUCGCAUCCGCUGCGGGAGGCGUGGGAGAGAUAGGAAACCUCGGGGGAAACAAGGCCACCAAAGCUGCGGCAGGAUCCGUCACCUUGGAGGACGUCUCCCUCCAUCAAUGCGUCAAACUCGGCUCCUUUACCCAAGAUCGGACCAUCUCCUUUAUCCCUCCCGAUGGUUCCUUCCAACUCAUGUCAUAUCGCUGCUCGGAGAAUGUCAAUCUCCCCUUCAAAGUCCACGCCAUCGUCACAGAAGUCGGCAGGUCAAAGGUCGAAUACAGCAUCGCCAUUCGCUCAAAUUUCGGCGCCAAACUCUUCGCCACAAACGUCUCCAUMCGCAUUCCCGUCCCUCUCAACACUGCUUCCACAACUCAUCGCGCUUCCCAAGGAAAGGUUAAAUACCUUCCGGGUGAGAAUCUGCUGGAAUGGAAGAUUGCUCGCUUCARCGGGCAGAGUGAAUUCGUCUUGUCAGCCGAGGCGGCGCUGACAAGUAUGACGACCUACAAAGCCUGGUCCAGACCGCCUAUUGCCAUGCAAUUCGGUUUGUUGAUGUUUACAUCAAGUGGCUUGUUGGUGAGGUAUUUGAAGGUGUUUGAGAAGGGUGGCUAUCAGAGCGUCAAGUGGGUGAGGUACAUGACCAGAGCGGGGAGUUAUGAAAUUCGAUUUUGA